AUGAGCUCAAGUUUGGAGGCUAAGAUUGUUGUCCUCGGCGCACAAGGUACGUUCUACCCAAAGUACGGAGGACAAGGGACCAAGGUUCCAUAUAACCCAAGAACCUGGGACGAACCCAGACCCCAGAACAAUCUUCUAACCUCCACAACCACAGGGGUGGGCAAAACUGCGCUCGUGGAGAGAUACUGCAGAAACACAUUUAACCCCGCAGCGCCGUCAACCAUCGGCGCGUCGUUUGUCACAAAGCGCGUCCUCGAUUCCACCUCUGAUACCAUCGUCCGGCUGCAAAUAUGGGAUACAGCCGGACAGGAGAGGUUCCGUAGCAUGUCGCGCCUUUAUUACAGAGGAGCGCAGGCCGUUCUCCUCUGCUAUGAUAUAACCGACGAAAACAGUUUUCAAGAAAUGGCCGGCUGGCUCCGCGAACUCCGCAAAAACAUAACCCCCAACUCGGACGGCUCAGACUCCCUAAUAAUCCACGUCGUCGGCACAAAAUCCGAUAUAGUCGCCGAUGACCCCUCCCACCGCCGCGUCCCCUUCGAACGGACAAUCGCCUACGUCGCGGAACAACUCUACCCAACCCAAGCAUCAACACCACCCCCAACCGCAACCGCCGGAAUGGGCGGGCUAGGAUUCGGAUCUUCCGUCUUCGGCAGCAGCGGAGGCAGCGCCUCGAAUGCUAGUGCCGCAGCACUGCAAAGCCCAGACUCAAAGCGCAGCUCUGCGUUCUGGGGCCAGGAGAUCGGGUGGGAUUGUUGUCAUGAAAUUAGUGCGCGGGACGGGGAGGGGAUUGAUGAGGUUUUUAGGGUUAUCACGCGGAAGCUGGUUGAGCAGCGGAAUCGACGAGAUACGGAGUUGGCUAUGUCGAUUGCGGGGACGCCGAUGGGGAAUGGGAGUAUUGGUCCUUUUAGCCCGGGAUUUGUGGAGGGGACGGGAAGCUUUAGGUUGGGGGUUGGGGAUAAAAGGAGGAGUUGGUUGGGGCUUGCGACGCCCGGGGUUAAUGUCGAGGGCGCUAAUGAGGAGGUUAUGCAUUCGGCGAGGAAUAAGGGGCGAUGUUGUUGA